AUGGCUUGGAAUGUACCUGGCCCGAAGGUCGACGCUCUUCAGGACGGCGUCAAAGACCGGGUCGCCACAGUCCAACGAGCCGGCGGGAGCAUCGUCGUCCUCAGCUUCAGCGUCGGCACCAGUGCCGACGGCGGCGGCAGUAGCAGCAACAUCAAGCGUCUCACCUCUGACAACACAGCCAACACCACCGGCGGCGGCGGUGGCGACGAACACGGCAAACACGUCCUCCGCAGGGGCGGCAUCGGCUUCGGUCUCGGCCUCCCAUUCCCCCCUGUCGAGACGGAAGGCCAGCAGCGCAAGCCCGUCGUCCGGGAACCCUGA